UACGCUGUAUGUACUGCUGCUGCCCUAUACUUAUUCCUUGGCCUGCUUCCUUCCCCUUCCCGCCAAUCCCCCUUCCAUCCCCCUCUCACCCUUCACUGCCCAAACUCCAAGAGAAUGUCGGCUUCCGGCAAUGCUGAAGUCCACAUUAACGCCUUCGCCGCCUUCCUCAUCCGCCGCCACUCCUCCUAUCUCCGUUCCAUCCUCCUCUCCCCCGACUGCUCCCUUCACUACCCUCUCUUCAUCGACUUUGCGGAGCUACUGGACUACGAUCCUCCCCUCGCCCACCUCCUCUUCUCUCGUCCCUCCGAUCUCCUCCCCCUCUUCGAUGAAGCCGCUUUCCGCGCCCAGGGCGUCAUUCUCGGUGCUUCCGAGGAUCUGGAAGAAAGCGCCAGCCGGAAGGGCCUCGUCCAUGUCCGGAUCAACGUCUGCGGCUCCCCCUUGGAAUGCCCGGAGGCGUUCCCUAGCAUCGGGAGGGUCAGGGUGAAGCACCGGGGGAUUUUGCUCACUCUGAAGGGGACUGUCGUUAGGUCUGGGGCCAUCAAGAUGAUAGAAUUGGAGCGCUUGUAUGAGUGCAGAAAGUGCAAGCACAGGUUCAAAGUUUAUCCGGAACUGGAAACUGGAAAUAGUAUAAGAUUGCCUGCCUCUUGCCCAUCUCGAAACUUUUCUCAUCAGGAGUCUAAAUCUUGUGAGGGGACACAUUUCCAAUAUGUAGAGGAUAGUAAAGUAUGCCACGAUUACCAAGAGAUCAAAAUCCAAGAAAGCACACGGCUUCUGGGCAUUGGAUCUAUACCUCGCUCGAUUCAAAUUGUUUUAAUGGAUGAUCUGGUUGAUGUUGUCAAAGCUGGAGAUGAUGUCAUAGUUACGGGAGUUUUAUCAGCAAAAUGGUCCUCGGACUUAAAAGAUGUGCGUUGUGACCUUGAUCCUAUUUUAAUCGCUAACUAUGUGAGAAGAACCAAUGAGCUGAAGUCAGAGAUUGACAUUCCUGACGAUGUUAUCAAGAAAUUUGAGCAGUUCUGGUCAGACUACAGAGAUACUCCACUGAAGGGGAGAAAUGCCAUUCUGCAAGGAAUUUGCCCUCAAAUCUUUGGUCUCUUUACAGUGAAGCUUGCAGUUGCUUUGACUCUGAUUGGAGGUGUGCAACAUGUUGAUGCUUCUGGGACAAAGAUUCGUGGAGAAUCUCACCUGCUUCUUGUUGGUGACCCAGGUACCGGGAAGUCUCAGUUUUUGAAGUUCGCGGCCAAGUUGAGCAACAGAUCUGUGAUUACUACUGGGUUGGGGAGCACCAGUGCAGGCUUAACUGUCACUGCUGUCAAGGAUGGCGGGGAAUGGAUGCUAGAGGCUGGGGCCCUUGUUUUAGCUGAUGGUGGACUUUGUUGUAUAGAUGAAUUUGAUAGCAUGCGACAGCAUGACAGGGCAACCAUACAUGAGGCGAUGGAGCAACAAACAAUAAGUGUUGCCAAGGCUGGCCUCGUGACAACUUUGAGUACCAGGACCAUUGUUUUUGGUGCAACUAAUCCAAAAGGACAAUAUGAUCCUACUCAAUCUUUAUCUGUCAAUACAACUCUAUCUGGACCAUUGUUGAGCAGAUUUGAUAUAGUCCUUGUCCUCUUGGAUACAAAAAAUCCUGAAUGGGAUGCCAUUGUUUCAUCUCAUAUUUUAGCCGAGAAAGGAGAAUCUGGAAAAAAGAAAAGAGGUGAAGACUUUGACAAUGUCUGGUCAGUACCAAUGCUGAGGAGGUAUAUCCACUAUGUAAAGCAAUGUUUUACACCAGUGCUUACAAAGGAGUCAGAAAGUGUUAUUUCAAGUUAUUAUCAACUUCAGAGAAGAUCAGCAACACAUAACGCAGCUAGGACCACUGUGCGCAUGCUUGAAAGUUUGAUACGAUUAGCCCAAGCACAUGCAAGGCUCAUGUUCAGGAAUGUGGUCACCCGGCUUGAUGCCAUUGCUGCCAUCUUAUGCAUUGAAUCAUCAAUGACAACAUCCGCCAUUGUGGACAGUGUUGGGAAUGCUUUACACUCCAACUUUGCUGAUAACCCUGAUCAAGAAUAUGCCAAGCAAGAGAAGACGAUCCUUGAGAAGCUUCAAGUGAUAGAUGAGUUCCUAUGAAACCUGUAGAAACAUGGCAGAGUUGAAUUACAUAUGUGCAAUUAUCUAUGGGUGUGCUACUCAAGUGCAUAUCACCAAUGAGAAGGAUUAUUUUGAUGCAUGGAAGUUGUUGACAUCAUUUUUUUACUUUGGUGGCAGCAGCUAGACCUGUAUGAUAAUAAAAGAAGAAAUGGGCGCUUGAUUUUCAACUCGACUGCUUUUGUAUGGACUAACAGGUGCAGGAUUUUGGGUCAAUGACCUUAAGUGAUAUGAACUGAUACACUGAAUUAUGUAGCUUGUGUUUAUGUUAGGUGGCUGUCACCUUCAUCUGAAAUUAGAGUCCUUCCUACCAUCCCCAUUAAUGUGGUUAGAGGAAUCAUAUAUAUUUCACAAUCGCAUUCAAUGCAAUGUACAACAUUAUAAGCAUACAAUUUUAUCUCAAUCAAGAUUUUUGAUUAAGAUUGAAUUGA